AUGGGCAGUCUUGAAUGGUGGUCCUAUGAGGUGCUCAUUUUGCUUUCUGGGCUGUUAGCAAAUCCAAAACUGGAGACAUCAGUGCUUUCUAUAUGCUUUACAGUUACUUAUUUGCACUACUACGUACCAUAUGCUUUUGGAGCCACAGUAAGCACUAGGGUUUCAAAUGAGUUAGGAGCUGGGAAUCCUCGUGCUGCUAAAGUGACAGUCUGUGCUGUUACAGUUCUUGCAAUCACGGAAAUAAUUGUUGUAAGCACAACUCUUUUCUCUUACCGCCAUAAUCUCGGAUAUGCAUUCAGCAAAGACAAGGAGGUAGUGGAGCGUAUUGCAGAUAUGGGUCCUCUUAUUAGUCUUUCCAUUGUUAUGGAUGGGUUACAAGCACUACUUUCAGGGGUUGCUAGAGGAACAGGAUGGCAGAACAUAGGAGCUUAUGUAAAUCUAGGGGCAUAUUAUUUGGUUGGCACUCCUGUGGGUGUGGUGCUUGCCUUUGGUGUGCAUUUGAGAGCCAAGGGCCUUUGGAUUGGAUUAUUGACAGGGUCUACUAUUCAGGCUAUCCUGCUUACUCUUAAAACUAGUCUCACAAAUUGGCAAAAGCAGUUCUCUUUCCUUAUUUCCAAACUCAAUCUCCACUUUGUUCCGUUUCGCUUGAGGGGGGAUAGCAUUAUCCAAUCAACCUCUAAUCUCUCCAAUGAAUCUGCUGUUAAACUGUGA